AUGCUGAGGUUUUUCGAAUUGCCCUUCCAGAGGGCCAGGAAGGUCCUGGAUAGGGUGCAGCUGGACUGCAUCCAGGAGGUGCAAGUGGACUGCACCUGGGACCUGCCCACCCUGGGGACAUUUGCUCUCUACCUGGGUCAGAUGAGUAACCUGCAGACUCUCGCUCUCUGCCACAUCAAGAUGCUCAGGCUGCAGCACCUCAAGAAGCUCUACUUGGACUCUCCCUCCUUCCUCCGAGGCCGUCUGGACCAGAUGCUCAGGUGCCUGCAGACCCCCUUGGACAAACUCUCCAUAUGGCUUUGCUGGCAGCUGACGCAAUCAGACCUGACACACCUGUUCCAGUGCCCGAACCUCAGGCAGCUGAAGUCCCUGCGUCUGUAUGGCGCCAACCUCACUGAUUUUAGUCCCGAGCCCCUCCGAGCUCUGCUGCAGGCAGUGGCACCCACACUCCAGGACCUGCGCCUGGAUAACUGUGGGAUGGUGGACUCCCAAGUCGAGGCCAUCCUGCCUGUCCUGAGCUGCUGUCACCAGCUCAGGGACUUCACCAUCUCUGAGAACCCCCUCUCCAUGGCCACCGUGGAGAAGCUGCUGCACCACACAGCCGGGCUGCGCAGUUUAGAGCGAGAGCGGUACCCCGUCCCCCUGGAGUGUUACAGGACCCAGGAGACUGUGGACCAGGAGAGAGUUGCCCUGAUUCAGGCUGAGCUCACAGGGAUACUGAGGGAGUUAGGACAACCCAGGACCAUCCAUCUUGACACCAAGUACUUUAGCUCUGGGGACUUCUGUGAUGUGGCAUUUUCUUGGCAUGGAGCCCGUGAUGUGCCCCUGUAG